AUGACGACCCUCACAGACCCAACCAACGCCACGCGCGCAACCCCCAACAUCCCUGUCGAGAAAGCAACCCUCCAUAUCGGCAGCUCAACCUUCAUAAGAGCUCCCUCCCAAGAAGUCUGGGCUGCCCUAACAAACACCUCGACCUGGCCGAGCUGGAAUACCUUCGUGCCACGCGUAACCAUCCGCUCCCAGCCAACCCCAGACCCAUCUCCAUCUACCUCCGCACCAGACCCCACGCCAGCAUCAACAUCAACAUCCACAACAACACCCCAGUCAACAGACACAACCCUAUCUCCAAUUCUCCAAAAAGGAACAAAAUUCACCUUGCACGUCCGCAUGGACUCAGCCUCCACUAAGCCACAGCCCUCAACAGACGUACAUGCCCUCAUAAGCGAAUACAGUGCGCCGGAUGCGGAUGGCCAGGGUGGACGUAUCGUGUGGAUUUCCGACGCUGAAGCGCCGGGGGCAUUUUCGCCAUCACUUUUGCAGGCGGAGCGAGUGCAUGAAUUUACGGCUGUGGAGGGUGGGACUGUGGUGCGGAAUUGGGAGGCGCAGAAUGGGUGGUUGGCUUAUGUGGUGCGGUGGAUGUAUCAGGUUAAGCUGCAGGGGUGUUUCGAGAUGUGGCUUGCUGAUUUGAAGAAGUUUGUUGAGGGCAGUAAUGCUGCUUCUUGA